UCUAGGAAUAUUAACUUCCUCACGAUUGGCCAUUUCCUGUCAAUUUUCCCGUCAUGGUAUCCAUACCUUUACCCGGGUUCGAUGUGUCAUUACCGGAUCCAUUAGAUGGAAAAUUGUCAACAGACGGAGAAUCAGUAACGGGAAAGAUGACAAUAUUUCCUGGAGUUAAAAUUAAUGGCGUGGCAGGAAGUCAGGCAACUAUUGGUGGAGUGAGCAGUACAGUCAAGGUAAAAGAUGGAAAGGCUUCCUUUGGAGGUAGCGUAAACAUCCUCAAACAGUCUUUCACCUUUAACAAUGGCGAACAGCUUAGUCUUUCGGCAAGUGUAGACGUCGAACAGCCACUUCGGUUUACCAUCAAGUUAACAGGGUCAGACACCAAGCCAAAUGUUUUGAAAUUCGAUAAGUCAGAUUCCGAAGCUCUUCCCAAAACAAAGAGUACUUUGACAGGCUCAGUCAUAUUAUACGAAGAUCCACUUUUCAAAGACGCAGGCAUUUUGCUUCCCGGCUUCACGACGUUUAAGAAGUGGACGCAGAAAGUGACGAUAUCUGUCGCAGCCACGAUUGAAGAUAAGCAAUCAAAGGGAGGUGGAGAAAACAAGACCGCGUCCCUUACCCGCACACUGGAAUGGGCGUUAAGACCUCUGUUCGGAAAGGACAACGAUAGACCGGAUCCAAAACCGGAUCCGUUCCCCCCACCCGAUCCCGACUUUCACUGGGAAAAAAUCCCUGUUCCCGUAGCCCUGGCCGCUCUUCUAUGCUACAUGAGUUACAACAAUCUGCCGCAAAUCAUCCAGCAACUUCCUCAAAAUGUUUUGGGCGAACUUUUGGACGAGAGUUCUACGGUUAUUGGCAGGAUUAAGGGAAUCUCUUUCAACGUUGAAAGAGCAUUAAGCCAGUCGCAGGGAGAAGUCGAUCAACUCUCCACCGAAACAAAAGCAAUAAGUCAGGAAAUGGAAGCCGCAGAAAGCGAAGUGAGCACAGCAGCGUCAGAAGUGGAGAGUGUGGAGGCUGAAGUCACAGCUUCUGAGGAAGUUUUGGCAGCGGCAGAAACGGCAGAAGCGACAGCUGCUGAAGAAGUUGCUGCAGCAACCGCAGCCGAAGCAGCAGCGGAUGCUUCCGAAGCAGCCGAUUGGUGGACAAUCAUUGGUGGUAUUGUUUCUGGAGCUGCGAUAGCCGCUGCAGUUGCAGCUCUCACAGCCGCAAUCGCAAAGCGCAGCAAAGCAGUGAAAAAGAAAAAGCAAGCUCAAGACGACGUAAACAAUAAGAAGACCACCCUUAGCAAAAAAAAGCUGAAGAAGAAGCAAGCUGAGGUAAAGGUAGAGCACGAGAAGAAUGAAUUGAGUGCCAAACAGGAGAAGUUGAAGGAGGCGAAGGAAAAGAAACAGGAUAUGCAAGACGUGAAAGAUGUUUUGCAAGCAGCCCAUGUUGGCAUUGAGCUGAUAGAGAAGAAGCUCAAGGAUGAACGCACGAAGUAAACGAGCACAAGUAAAGAUUGCGGCAAGUAUCGACGCAAUGAAGAAUUGAUCUGGCUGAUGAAUUUAAACCUUAUGUAGAUUCAACAAGAUUAAUCUAGUUUAACCUAGUUUAGUUUAAGUUAAAUACUUGUCUCGUGGCAGCCUCUAACGCAAUACGCUAUGCGAAGUUUUCGAUAGUGUAACUUGACAGAUCUAUAAGAAGAUAACCAAUAGAAAUGAAAGAAAAUGCUGACAUCCUUUGAAAGACUGAUGCUUUGUGAUUAACACUGCACAGUUACUUUGCAUCAACGAUCGCAUUUGAUACCCGAUUAAUUCGCCAGAAUUUCAGUCGGUCGUUUCGGUGUUAACGGUUUGUGACGCCUUAGGAAAGCAAUCGGCAAAAAGAACUGAUAUAAUUUUGUCGAAUUCUGCAUUUCAUAACCUUUCUAUUGAUAUCUAGUUUGUGGGAGUUUCCUUGAAAACAGCGCGCGUACGAUUUUUUUUCUCUCUAGGACACCCACGAAGCUUUGGGGUAACCUUAAACGAAACUGAAAGAAAACUGAACUUAGGGCUUCAUUGUAGUAUUUCCUUUACCUGUGUGGGGGCCUUUAAAUAAAAAUAGGCUCGCAAUGAGUACAUGUGGUUAGCCCCUUGUGCUUAUACACCUUAUCACAAAAUGAGGAUUAACCGUGGAUUCCGUCUCCAGUAGCUUCGUUAUUAUGUUUGGUGGGGACGUUAAAGAAUUCACACACUAUCGUCGAGUUUCUGGUGUUGAGAGCUGCCAGUUGUUAAUCAUUAUUCAUCGUUUAGGACACGAGCCCCUGACUUGGGAGAUUAGGCAACCAAUGACCACUUUAGCGGCACAUAAAAAUUGAUGGAUUGAUUGCUUGAUAUAUUUGAUUGAUUGAUGUGAUUGAUUGUUUGAUUGAUUGAUUGACUAAUUGAUUGACUGACUGAUUGAUUUGAUUGAAUGAAUUGAAAGAAUACUUGUGGGGUGGAUAUCGAUAUUGUAGGGAACAGAACUCCAUGCACAGGAUGUUUUUGAGUAAUUAUCCCGAAACAUUGCAUUGAUUACAAUCAGAGGCCGAGAUAGGCAUUAAAUUAAUAACCGAUACUAAAAGAAGCCAACAACCAAUCGCAGGUUAGGUUCAAGUUCACGUGAUAUGCUACAUGUACCAGGCAGCAAUUUUAAAUGCGAUAUUCAUGUCGUCCAAGGCAGAUAAAGAAUGACUUUAGAAAACCGAUAGGAACUUGUGUUUGUACUGAUUAAAUUGCUAUAACAAAAAGAAAUAAAUUUUGAAUAUUAUCAU